CGCACCUGUCUUCGCAGCCUCUCCCGCUCCACCUCGAGUGUCCCGGAGCCAGCGGCUCGCGAGCGCGGCAGAGGGCAAGCCUAGGGCAGGCUCUGUCCAGGCCAGCGCAGGAGGCACAGUCCGUGAGGGUCGAGCACUGCGGCCACCAUGGUAGCCACGUGCCUGCAGGUGGUGGGCUUCGUCACGAGCUUCGUGGGUUGGAUCGGCAUCAUCGUCACCACAUCUACCAAUGACUGGGUGGUGACCUGCAGCUACACCAUCCCCACCUGCCGAAAAAUGGACGAACUGGGCUCCAAGGGGCUGUGGGCCGACUGCGUCAUGGCCACUGGUCUCUACCACUGCAAGCCCUUGGUGGACAUCCUCAUCCUCCCGGGCUACGUGCAGGCUUGCAGGGCCCUCAUGAUUGCUGCUUCGGUUCUGGGUCUGCCAGCCAUCCUUCUGUUGCUGACGGUUCUUCCUUGCAUCCGCAUGGGCCACGAGCCUGGAGUGGCCAAGUACAGGCGAGCCCAGCUGGCCGGGGUGCUCCUCAUCCUGCUGGCUCUCUGCGCCAUUGUCGCCACCAUCUGGUUCCCUGUCUGUGCCCACCGUGAGAUCACCAUCGUGAGCUUUGGCUACUCGCUGUACGCAGGCUGGAUCGGAGCUGUGCUGUGCCUGGUGGGCGGCUGCGUCAUCGUCUGCUGCUCCGGGGACGCACAGGCAUUUGGAGAAAACCGUUUCUAUUACUCCUCUGGCUCCAGCUCGCCAACGCAUGCCAAGAGUGCCCACGUAUAAGAGGGCUGCUCCGCUGCCCACCGAGGUGCUGGGCCUGGGGCCCUGGGUUUCCUCCGCAGUGGGGAGAAGCCCAUUUCUCUGCCGGGCACUGAAGCCAAAGGUGUAGAAAGUGUCCCGCCUGGCGGUCUGCAGUCCUAACAGCCCAUCCGCCCCACCACUUCUUGGUUCUUAAAAGAAAUCUCUAGCUCAGAUAAUGCCCACAUAGUUUUCUCCUGGUGUUGACCGCUUUUAGCUCUUUCCUUGGGCAUUCCAUUGUUGUUGAUUAAAAAAAUAUUUUGUUUCUUUCUUAAAUUCAAAUGUCUUGGGAACAUUGCUGCCUUGGGUGUGGAUUGGGAGAGAGAUAAAAGACACUUUUCAAACGGUUACUGAUGACAAUGGAGGCCUCAUAGAGACACAGCUCUGUUUUUUCUUCCCCCUUGAGUUUCAAGGUUACUUGCAUACAAGAGAUAGAAAAUGGGAACACGGGUGGGAGGGACUCCUGAACGUUCUCUCUGCGUGAAUGCUUCCCUUUUAUAAGUUGUGGGGUCGGGACUUUUUUUUUUAGUUUGUGAUUUUACAUUUAUCUGUACAUACUUUUUCAAGAUCGAUCAUUUUUAUAACCAUGGGUUUCCUGAAAUUUUCAAUUCACCAAUAUGAAGGAAAUGAAC